AUGUCAGUCGAAGCAAAAACGUUCACGAACAAAUCUAAUGGCGAAACAUUCACAAAAGGCACUUACAACGGUAUUGAAGUCUUACGUAGAGACAAGGAUGGUUAUAUAAAUGUAACAAAUAUGUGUCAGCAGUUUAGGAAAGACUUUAGAAAGUUGUUGGAAAAUAAGUCCUGGGAAGAGUAUUAUAAGGCAUUUUGUGAAGAAUAUAGCAACCGCCGGAAUUCCGGCGGUUGGUUUUUAUACAAAAUUCAUGCAGGAAUUCCAGAUGAAAUCAAACAGGUUAGAGGAACGUAUGUAGACCCAAGACUUGUAAACUAUAUAGCAAUGUGGGCUUCUCCAAAAUAUUGUAUAGCAGUUGGAAAAAUUAUGGACUCCAUAGACAAGAAAGUUCAUGAGAAGUUAGAUGAAGAAGAACUCGAAGAUACAGUAGAGAAUGCUAAACCUUUGUUCGAACAAGAAGUUAG